UGAGCUACAGGCUGCUGUUCAUUGAUGAUUAAGACACAAAUAGAGCAAGUAGGGGCCGAUUUCGAAGUGCCUCAAUGCUGUAGGUUUAUUAACGCAGACAGAGAGGGUCCCACAUUGUGGCUUUCUGUGCUUUGUCAACCAGGAGGUAGUUGCCAGGUUUUUUGAGGAGUGUUUCGAGAGUGGUUGGAGGAUGUUUGGUUGCGAUGCAGUUUUGUACGGGCGUUGAAAAUUUUACAAUGGUGCACUUGACCAUAGUUGGCGUCUCAUGCUGGCUUGAAGGGUGGGUAUCAUAGAAGUGUUCAAAAAGGUUGUGUUGAGAGCAAAAGUGCAGAGUUUAUAAGUUUUUUGUCAAGCCAAUGUGACAGCUCCUUCGCCCGUGAGUUGGGUCUCAAGGUGCAUAGUGUGCAAUUCUGCAGAAUGAAAACCCAUUUGUGAUGACCGUUGCACUGAGAUAGUACAGGAAAAUAGUGAAGGAGAAUGGUUUGUUAUGAUAGAAAGAGUUGUAAGCUCUUCUUGAUGACGCGAUCAAGGCGACAAACAGUCUGCCUGUAGAAUAUACUUGAAGUGCCUGCAUGAGUUUGCAUGCGAAACUAAAGAAAUUACUGCCUGCCUGCUUGUUAUCUUCAUGUGACGAUCUUGAUCACUGCAGACAGUAUGUGAAGACGAGAUAGCUGGCUAGAUAUAAACGUGAAGGCAGAGUUUAUAAGUUUCAGGCUCAUAAAUUGAUAUAACCAUCCCAGCCAGCAAAUUUCCGUACCGACAUCUGAUUCGUAAGUUCUGAAAUUUCGAUAAGUGACGUGAAGCAUUUGCGAUCGUGAAGGAGGGCGAUUUCAGAUUGAUCGGAGGAGGCUAGAGUAAUCCAGUCCGUCACAACCCUGUUUGUCAAUGUAAUUCAGGAUCAUCAAAGUAUCUCUCAAGACUUCUCAAGUGGCGUCUUCAAGAGAAUAUUCGUCGGCGUGACAUGGAUGAAUUAUGAAAAGAUCAAUGAAGGUUGAGGCUGUCAAGAUACACUAAGAAUAGCAACUUUCUCAUCCUUGUAUGCCAUCAAUUUGUAUCCAAGCCGCAGUGUCUGAGCUAUUGGGGAGUUGAAAAGAGCUUGUUGCUGGAAAGAGGUCGAAGAAAGUGUAUUUGAGCAAUGCCAAUGUAGCUCGCAAUUGAUUUCCAGCUGGCGCCAGAGCUUGGACGGUAAAAUCAAAGUUUGUUCUGCGGCACUCUGCGCGUUAUACCAAUCAAGAUACUGCAUGUAGUUAGAAUUACUUGAUAGCAAAGUGGUAAAAUCAAGAGCGUUGUGCAAGAUGACUAGAAUGCGUUGUACAUGGGAGGGUCCUGGCUGCGCCUCUCCUAUUCUGCUGGUCUUGAUUCUUGUUAAUGUCGCAGCUGGAGAACUGCAACAGCCUAGUUUGAUUGCAGAUAUAAUUCAGCGCAAUACGCUUCAACUAGAUAUUGGACGACGAGCUACACCAAUGAACUCCUGGCGCCACGUGAAACCUGUUAGUGAGAAACACCCGACCAUUCGGAAGGAACUUGCCAAUGGGGUCGGAACAAUUCAUGCCAUUAUUUCGCACAGAGAUGCCCCCUCAUCACCAUUCCGGUUGAGCAACAGAACUCGCGCGGAGCGGAUCCAUGAAACCAUUUUGAGAGACAACUUGCGUGUAGCUUCCAUUCAUGCCCGUAUCAAUCAAAUGGUGAAUGGCGUUUCAACAAGUAACUCUCACGAUCGACAGACGAAGGUCCCAUCACAGGACUUUCAAGCGCCGGUCAUUUCAGGCUUGAGUUUGGGUAGCGGAGAGUAUUUCAUACGCGUUUCUGUGGGCACACCUCCCAGAGGCAUGUACCUUGUCAUGGACACGGGAAGUGACAUUCUGUGGCUCCAAUGUGCUCCUUGUGUGAGUUGUUACCAUCAGUGUGAUGAAGUGUUUGACCCAUACAAAUCAUCUACAUACUCUACUCUUGGGUGCAAUUCCAGGCAAUGCUUGAACUUAGAUGUCGGCGGAUGCGUAGGGAAUAAGUGUCUGUACCAGGUGGACUAUGGAGAUGGAUCUUUCUCGACUGGCGAAUUUGCCACUGAUGCUGUUUCUCUGAAUUCGACCUCAGGAGGCGGCCAAGUUGUGCUGAACAAGAUUCCUCUUGGUUGUGGACACGACAACGAAGGCUACUUCGUGGGGGCUGCGGGGCUUCUGGGGCUGGGUAAAGGGCCGCUAUCAUUCCCCAAUCAAAUAAAUUCUGAGAAUGGAGGCAGAUUUUCCUACUGCCUUACAGGUCGAGAUACUGACUCGACUGAACGAUCCUCUUUGAUCUUUGGUGACGCAGCUGUUCCACCUGCAGGUGUGAGGUUCACACCCCAAGCCAGCAACCUACGAGUUUCCACCUUCUACUACCUGAAGAUGACGGGGAUUAGCGUCGGGGGCUCUAUUCUCACCAUCCCCACAAGCGCCUUUCAACUCGACUCACUUGGUAACGGAGGCGUCAUAAUAGAUUCUGGCACCUCUGUCACUCGUCUACAAAAUGCCGCAUAUGCUUCCCUUCGUGAAGCCUUCCGCGCUGGCACUUCGGAUUUGGUCUUAACAACUGAAUUUUCCCUCUUCGACACAUGCUACAAUCUCUCUGACUUAAGCUCCGUCGACGUUCCAACCGUCACCCUGCAUUUUCAGGGAGGUGCUGACCUAAAACUCCCUGCUUCAAACUAUCUCGUUCCAGUCGACAAUUCUUCAACCUUUUGCUUGGCUUUCGCUGGCACCACCGGACCCUCCAUCAUUGGCAAUAUCCAGCAGCAGGGCUUCCGUGUCAUCUAUGACAAUCUCCACAAUCAAGUUGGUUUUGUACCAAGCCAGUGCGAUUAGGGCAAGCAGGAAGAAAUCAAUUGUUUGAGCCUAUAUCGAGCUUAGAACACUUAGUCCAGAGGAUCUAGGGGAAUUAAUUGCUUUACAUAUACAUAGAGGUUAAGUUCUAAUGAAUUGUAAUCGGAAGUUUCAUGGUAAGGUUUGGCCACACGUAGCUAUUGAAUUGCACGCAGCCACCGUUGAACAAAGUAUCUGAAAAUGAAAGAUAUUGAGACGACGUGGAGAAGCACUACGAAGUGGUUGUUUUUAUGCUGCUAAUGAAUCGAAGUAAAGGACAAUACGUCAGCCAAAAGCUUGCAAGCUUGUUCUUUGAUGCGUGCAA